AGAGGAGACCUAAAUGCAUCACGAGACACAGUUGUUAUACUUUGAUUGUUGUAUUGUCAGGAGUUGUCGAGCGAGAUUCAAGUCCUGGUCAAGCAUUCAGGAAAAAGUGAUUUUCGAAGCUUUUGUAGUCGUCUUUUUCAUGUUCGCUACAAGCGUCACGUCACAAACACUUGAGGGAUACGUUUUGGAAAAAGCAAACCAGUCACCGGAUUCAACUACUGUCAUCAUCGCAACUUGGACCAGAUAACGGCCGCCACUGCUAGCGAUUUCCUGUUCUCAACGUAGCUAUCUAGUUCGGUGAACGAUUUUGGGUGGUGAAAAACAUUGAACCGUGCAAAAUGACGGUGGCGGAUUCAAACUGGGGUUUGAUCACGAACGUGGUCAACAGCAUCGUUGGAGUGAGCGUGCUGACCAUGCCUUUCUGUUUCAAACAGUGUGGGAUAGUGCUGGGGACUCUGUUGCUGUUCUUCUGUUCGUGGAUGACCCACAAGUCUUGUAUGUUUCUGGUCUACACGGCCAGCAGCACCAAACGCAGGACUUAUGCUGGCCUAGCGUUCCAUGCCUACGGCAAACCAGGCAAAACACUGGUGGAGACUAGUAUGAUAGGUCUGAUGUUGGGGACCUGUAUUGCCUUCUAUGUCGUCAUCGCUGACCUGGGCUCUAAUUUCUUUGCCCAGUUGUUGGGCCUACCGGUGUCAUUUGGUUUCCGUGUGCUGCUGCUGAUGGCGGUGUCUCUGUUCAUCGUACUGCCUCUCAGUCUGCUGAGGAACAUGAUGUCAUCUAUCCAGUCCUUCUCUGCCAUGGCUCUCAUGUUCUACACGUUCUUCAUGUUCACGAUAGUCUUGUCUUCUCUGCGUUACGGCCUGAUCUCAGGCUCCUGGUUCGAGCAUGUUCAUCUGUGGCGGGUCAGGGGUGUCAUACAGUGCCUGCCCAUUAUCGCCACCACCUUCUGCUGUCACCCGCAGGUGUUGCCUACCUACGACAGUCUGGACGAGCCCUCCAUCAAACGCAUGAGCACCAUCUUCACCACCUCCCUCAAUGUCGUCACCACCUUCUACAUCACGGUGGGAUUCUUUGGCUACGUCAGUUUCACGGAGGACAUAGCCGGUAACGUUCUGAUGAACUUCCCUUCUAACCCGGUGACUAAGAUGAUCCGGGUGGGCUUCAUGAUGUCCGUGGCGGUGGGCUUUCCCAUGAUGAUACUGCCCUGUAGACAGGCAAUCAACACCAUGCUGUUCGAACAACAGCAGAAGGAUGGGACGUUUACUGCAGGGGGGUACAUGCCUCCAAUGCGCUUUAAGAUGAUCACCUUCGCCAUCGUCUUCGGAACCAUGCUGGGAGGCAUCCUCAUCCCAAAUGUGGAGACCAUCCUGGGUCUGACUGGAGCUACCAUGGGCUCCCUCAUCUGCUUCAUCUGCCCUGCCCUCAUCUACAGAAAGAUCCAGAAGAAUGGACUCACCGCACAGUUGGUGUUGUGGGUUGGGUUAGGUAUCUUGCUGGUCAGCACCUUCACCACGGCGUCAAUCUCAGCCAGUGACUCCACCCCCAAGCAUGCCCCUCCUCCCCCUGCAGCUGACAAGAGUGCCAUCUUGAGAGUCCUUCCUGACAUGGCUGGUUUAUUGAAAGCAGUAGAGAAGCCGGUGGUAGCGAAACAGCCUGAGGUGAAGCCUGUGUUGGUGGAGAGGCAUAAGGCCCCUGCUGCUUUAGAGCCAGUCCAUCCAGUAGAGAGACAGCAGGAACAGGCUGAGCCCCCCCAGAUCAAAGGACCUGAACAAGGAGUUCCAGACAGGAAGGAGGAGGAGGAAGUGCAGCUGGACCGCCCUGAUGCAGGUGUGGCGGUACCUGACGGGGAGGCCCAUCGGCACGAGCCGCCCAUCCCCCAUGAUGAGGUCCAGAUAGAGAAGAGGAAGAAUGACGCAGAGCUGGAGGAGGAGAACCAACCUGCAGCGGGAGGAGAAGAGUCUGAGGGUCAGGGAGUGGCGGACCAGGAAGAGGUGAAGAAUAAAGAGGGAGGAGAGGAGGAGGAGAAACUUCCUUUGUUGGUGAAAAAGGAGGAAGUGGGAGGAGCAGAGGUGCAGUCCAAUGCGGUGCUGGAGAAGCCUGACCCGGGGGCGGGGAAGAAACAGGAAGUCCCACCCCUAGAGCAAGUGGAGAAAAUUGCCCCAAUGCUUGUUUGGAAGGAUGUGGUGGCUGAGCAGGCGCUGGUUGAUGCGGCCAAAGCCCCAGAGGUUGCUGGGAAACGUGAGCCUGCGGCCCCAGUUGCUGAAGCAGUGGUUCCCGUGGCAGCAGAGGGGGCUGCUGUUCCAGAGGUUAAGGAGAGAGGAGUGGAGGACAAGAUGGAUGUGAUAAAAAAGCUGGUUGCAGAGGGUCAGUUGGACCAUGCUGCUCUGCUGCAGGUUAUAAAGGAGCAGCAGGAGCAGCAGAAGAGGCUGUUGGACCAGCAGGAGAAACUACUGGCUGUCAUACAGGAACAGCACCAGGAGAUGCACCCCAGAAAGACCGGUACAGACGCACAGCAUGGAGCUUCAGAGGCCGAUGCAGAGAAGGGGGUCCAGGAGGAGGGGGGCGCAUCCAAACCCAAAGGCCCAGCUCAAGGUGGUCCUGCCCUGGCCUCAGACACCAUGGAGCCUGGGGAGCCCGCUGGAGCUCCACAGGCCGGAGGGGCCGAGCCUCACAUCCAGCCCCACAAUGAGGUCCUCCCUGUGGAGAAGAGUGCAGAAGAGCAGGUCUUCAAAGUGGUUGCCUCUGUUAUUUUCAAACAAGAAGUACUUCUGGAGGUCCCUAAACGGCCCGUUUUGGCUGAGGCAGCAAUCGUGGCAGAGGUGGAGGCCCCUAAGGAGAUGGACCUUGGGGCUAGGGGAGUACCGCUGGGUCAGGAGGUGACCGAGGGGAUGAAGGUAGAACCAGCCCAGCUGCCACCUGCCAAAGCUGAGGACGGGGUAGUUAAAGGAGGGGUGGAGGUAGUGGACAAGGCGAAGGAGAGGAUAGAGAAAGAGAGACUGGAGGAAGUGAGGAUAGAUAGAGUGGUGCAGGGGAGGGUGGAGGAGGAACGGUUGGAUAGGGAGAGGAGGGAUAAACUGUCGAGAGAGCAGGAGAUCGAAAACUCCAGAGUAGAGAAGGAGGGAAUCGAGAAUGAGAGGCUGGAAAAGGAGCGAGCAGAGAGGGAGAGAGCGGAGCGAGGGAGGAUCCAGUGGGAGAAGACGGAGAGAGAGGUGAUGGAGAGAGCGGAGAAGGAGAAAAAGGACCAGGAGCAGAAGGAGAAAUUGGCACAGCUGGAGAGUGCCAUUAAGGCCCGGGAGGAGCAGGCUCUGGCUGCAGCUGGGCCAGGACCUGUCAAACCAGGAUUAGGAGAAGAACUAGGGGCUGUGAAGAAGAGUGGACGGGGCAUGAAGGAGAGGGCGACCGUCCAGUCAGACUCCAGCGAAGUUGUUGAAGAGAAGACCCACAAAGGCCAGGACGUCCAGGAGAAGGCCAGGGACCAAGAAGACAUGGACCUGAGGAGGAGGAGGAGAGCCCUGGGGGUAGGGGAGGCUGGGGGUUCCAGGAGGGGUGUGCCAGGGCUGGAGCCCUUCUUGGACAUGGGGGGCUGGGAUCUCCAUGCAGCCCUGGAGGCACCGCCACUCGGGGGGGCACUGGUACACACACGCCAGAUAAAACAGACCUCUGAGCUUGAGAGAGACGAGUAACUGGGAGUGUUUUAUUUUUUUGUUUACCUUUAUAUAACUAGGCAAGUCAGUUAAGAACAAAUUAUUAUUAUUAACAGGUUAACUGCCUGUUCAGGGGCAGAACGACAGAUUUGUACCUUGUCAGCUCGGGGGUUUGAACUUGCAACCUUCCGGUUACUAGUCCAACACUCUAACCACUAGGCUACCCGGUAUACACGCACAUGAAUACGAUAUAACAUACACUCACGGACAGUUGGGUUGGACUGUGCAAAUCCCUGUAUUUACACAAACACUCACAUAUAGUUGGGUUAGAAUGUGCACACCCUAUUCUGUCUCACACACACACACACACACACACACACACACACACACACACACACACACACACACACACACACACACACACACACACACACACACACACACACACACACACACACACACACACACACACACACGUACAGUUGGUGGUUAUACAGGUGUUCAUACUAUUCACAACACACAUUCUUUCUCUCCCACACAGUCAUGUACAAUGGAUCACAUUCUGCCUUACCACCUGUCUUCGUAAUACCUGACCAGUACAGGAGGAUUGUGAGUGUGUGAGGCGCAUUGAUUGUUAUAGGGAACAUUCUGGCUGCUAUUACACUGACGACCCAAUUCUGAGCUUUUUACCAAUUAUUGGCAAAAGAUCUGAUUGGUCAGAAUACCAUUUAUUGGCUGAAGAUAGAUCAGCAUUGGGCUGCCUGUGUGUCUUCAUUUUACCCUAGUCUGUGUUCUUCUACCAAAUAGGAAUGGUUUGUUUUUAGCAUGCUCUUUCUAUGAUUCCAGAAGACAUUGCAGUUAUAUAGAUAAAGAUAUUGUAGACUAUUCUAUAAUAAUAUGCUGUAUUAUGCUGCCAUAAAUCUAUUUAAAAUCUAUUUGUAUGUAAAUGUGAACUUAUUUUAGUUUUUUAUUAAGAAGCUCAAUGCUCUACUGUAAUGUAUGUUAAGCUAUGCAAUACCACAUGCCAAGUUUCCUUCUGUCCUGUGUGUUUGAGAGAGCAAUGCACCACCUAUCCGGCUAUCCAAUGGCUGCGUUUGAGUCACUUUAAAUCCCUUGAUACUUCUA